CUCUCGUCACAUUGAACGACGGGGCAAGGCGCGGCCGAUCAAGAGACCUGCCGACCAGCACCCGAUUGUUUUACUGCCGCCAUGGGAAAGAACAAAAAGAACAAGACCAGCGCCAACCAUGGCCUGGCGGCUGCAAUGGCGACCAUAAUCGAACGCGCGACGACAGAAGGCGGCAGUGACGACAAGGCUGGCUCUCCUCGGACGCACGCCUCCAGCGAAUCCUCAGGCAGUCUCAAGCGGUCCAGCACCCAUGAUGCUGAUGAUGACGACGACGAUGGUUGGCAGACAAUUGAGCGCGGCCGACCCGUGAAAAAGGCGAAAAAAACACCUGGCGCUGCCUCAAGCAGGUAUCCUGCCAUUCACUUCUCGCCACAGGCAAGGCUGCAGUCCAAGAUCAAUGUCUCGUCCCUGCGCGACUUGAUCCUGUAUAUCUUCGCCGACGGCACCGCCCCCCAGUGGGUCUCGGUCAAGCAUCGUCCAGAGUUCAGGAAGAUUGUCACCAUCAUGGUUCCUGGCCUAGAGGAAGCCAUGUUCAAGGAGAAGGUUGACUUCUCUACCUAUAACAAUCUGUCGCCAGAUCAAGCGAUCGGGCGCAUUGAAACAUCUCCCGAUGACUAUUAUCCUCGUGUGCUCAAGAAGGACUCAUUGCCCGCCCCGCUGCAUCCGUUCGCCGAUAUGUUUCCGCAUCUCUGGCCGGUGCGAGCACCGGGCGAUGACAAGUACGCCAAGCUGCACUCUCCAAUGCAGGCGAUGCUGACUGCACCUAUUUCUAAGGAAAAGAAAGGUGGACUGAAGCCAGUGUCUGACCCUCAAGGUUGGAAAGAUGAAAGGACAAGGAUAACAGAGUUUCUGGCCACUUCUGAAGAGUUGAUGGAAAACGGGUUCCCGAUGCACCCAGCCCUUCUUCCGGAAGGGGACCGGAGAGACGCAUUUAAAGAUGCAGAAGGAUGGGUGCAUACCAGGGUCAACAGCCUGGAAGACGGCGAUGUCCCGGAGGCCGAGAUUGAGCAGGGGAGCAUCACGGCCGGCCGCCAAGUUUUUGCCCUUGACUGCGAGAUGUGCAUGACAGGAGAAAGCGAGUUUUCGCUCACAAGGGUAAGCCUCGUUUCGUGGGACGGUGAGGUAGUUCUCGAUGAGCUUGUCAAGCCAGCCAAGCCCAUCACAGACUAUGUCACACGAUUCUCGGGCAUCACCAAGGAGAUGCUCGACCCGAUUACGACCACCCUCAGCGACAUACAAGCCAGGUUGCUUGACCUCUUGCACCCCCGCACGAUUCUCGUGGGCCACUCUCUCGACUCAGAUCUUAAAGCUCUCCGCCUCGCCCACCCUUUUAUUGUCGACACGUCCAUCCUCUUCCCCCACCCGCGCGGUCCGCCGCUCAAAUCAUCACUCAAAUACCUCGCCCAGAAGUACCUCAGCCGCGAGAUCCAGAAAUCAGGCGGCGCCAUAUCCGGACACGACAGCAUUGAAGAUGCUCGCACCUGCCUCGAUCUCGUAAAGAAGAAGUGCGAAAAGGGCAAAGCCUGGGCAUCGGGCGAUGUGCAAGGUGAGAACCUCUUCAAACGUCUCGCCCGCGCUGGCACCGUCUACCGCGCCACGGCCGGUCCCGAAGCUACUGGUGGCCUUCCGGUAGGUAAGAGCAGUGCGGCCAUCGACUGGGGCGACGCGACGCGAAGCGCUUGCAAUGCCGCCACCGUUACCAUCUCAUGCAAGUCAGAUGCCGACGUGGAAGCCGGCAUCAUCCGCGCCGUCAAGGGCGACCCAGACGGCCGCGAGGUCCCUGGUGGUGGCGUUGACUUUGUCUGGGCGCGCAUGCGCGAGCUGGAGGCAUUACAGGGGUGGUGGAAUCGCAACAAGCUGGUCCCUGACGAGCCAGGCGGACCACCUCCCGCAUUGCUCGAGACUUCAACCACGGCGACAACCGCAAGUACAACAACCAUCACGGCUACAUCAACUGACGCCACCGUGACUACGACCACAACAUCAUCUGUAGAAGACAACCAGCAUUCACCGCUCGAAACGUGCCUCACGAACCUAACCAACCGCCUCAAGCGUAUCUACGACACCCUGCCCCCCUGCACCGCCUUCAUCGUCUUCAGCGGCUCCGGCGAUCCCAGGGAGAUGAGCCGCCUCCAGGCCAUGCAGGCGCAAUUCAAAAGGGAGUACAACACGCCCGGGUCCAAGUGGGAUCAGCUCAGCGUGCAAUGGACCGAUAAGGAAGACCAGGCGCUGCGGCGGGCGGUGCGCGGAGCGCGAAGCGGUAUCGGGUUCAUCGGCGUGAAAUGAGGAGACGCUGAUGUGGGUGGCGGAGACCUGCCGUGUAUAUAAGUUGGUGCCGGAUGGGAUGGAAGUUUAGCCACGAAGAGGUACGACACGUGCCAAGGUGCCCCUUUUUCCAUUUGCGCGGGGGCAGCGUGGGUACGGUAACCGAGAUACUGACGUUAUGUACCGCAUUGCCACGCGCCAUGCCCAACGCAACUUUGCGCGGGAAAGGCAAGGAGAGAGUAGAUAUUCAGCGCAGCAGCCAGGCAUCUAGUAUACGUGAUACCCAGAACCGAUCUCGUGCCAUCCGAUGAGCGGUACAAGAUAUGUAUGA